UCCGCCUGAUUGGCAGCCGCACGCGCGUCGGGGGUUGCCAGGGCAACGGGUCUCAGAGUUGCGAGUCAGUGCUAACCUGAGCCAGUCGGCCUCCGGCGAAGGGAGCAAGCGAGGCCGGAGGGCGGACGGCGGAGCGCGGCCCGUGGCGCGCGGCGGCUGGGCCCCAGGAGGGCGCCUCCUCCCGGCCAGGCACGGCCCCCCUCCCCGCGCAGGGGCAGGCCGGGGCGGGGGGCCCCGGAGCCGGCGCGGCCUUGGCCCCGUCGAGGAGACCGGGGGUUCGCGAGGGCGGGGCGAUGCCGGGCGGCGGCGGCGGCCCCGGCUGGGGCCCGUGACCAUGGGCAUAGCCGAGUCCAUGCCGGACGAGCUGCCAUCGGACGCGGAGGAGCAACUGCGCAAUGGCGAGGAGCAGUUGGAGCUGAGCGGGAGGCGGCUGCGGCGGCUGCCCAGCGCCGUGUGCGCUCUGAGCCGCCUGCAGAAGCUGUACGUGAGCGGCACGGGGCUGCGCGAGCUGCCCGAGGAGAUCGAGGAGCUGCGCGAGCUGCGCAUCCUGGCUCUCGACUUUAACAAACUCGAACGCCUGCCCGACGGUCUGUGUCGCCUGCCGCGCCUCACGCGCCUCUACCUGGGCAGCAACCGGCUGCCGGCACUGCCCAACGACUUCGCGCAGCUGCAGAGCCUGCGCUGCCUCUGGAUCGAGGGCAACUUCCUGCGGCGUUUCCCGCGGCCGCUUCUGCGCUUGGUGGCGCUGCAGUCGCUGCAGAUGGGCGACAACCGGUUGCGUGCGCUGCCCGCGGAGCUGCCGCGCAUGACGGGCCUGCGCGGCCUCUGGCUCUACGGCAACCGUUUCGAGGAGUUCCCGCCCGCAUUGCUGCGCAUGGGCCGCCUGCACAUCCUCGACCUAGACCGCAACCGCCUGGGCGGCUUCCCCGACCUGCACCCGCUACGCGCCCUGCGCGUCUUCUCCUACGACCACAACCCGGUCACUGGGCCCCCCCGCGUCGCCGACACGGUCUUCCUUGUGGGCGAGGGCGCCGUCGAGCGCAUGGCCGAGCGCGACGAACCCACGCCCCGGCCGCCGCCCAGGCGCCCAGCGCGGGUCUUUGAGGAUGAGGAGGAAGAAGACCUGCUCAUAGGGGGCGGGAGCUCCCGGGCUCUGGGGCCCCCCGUGGACAGCCUCUGCGCCCUGGAAGCAGCUCCAGGACUGGGCACCUGAACCUGUGCUCUAGGUGUUUGGGCCUCGGCCACUCUGGGAGGAGGGCCUCUGGGAAGGUUUGUGGGAACGGUGGGUCCCUACUUGAGGCAGGGAAGGGGUCUCUUUGGGCAAGCUGCCGGGGACAGGCAGGCCUGGGGGUCAUCUUCAGACAUUCCAGGGUAGUGAAAAGACUGCCUACUGGCUGGUCUCUGGGCGGUCUUCAGGCCAACAAGUCCCGGUUCCGUCCAGUUCUUAUAGCUCCUUCUGGUCCCUGAUAGAGUCACUGACAACACAGUGGUAAAGGCACCAGCUUCUUCCUGGAACCAGGGUCACACUGACCAUGGAAUCAUCCCCUUGGCAGAGUCUGGAGGCUCAGGGCACCCAGCAACCUCCCUCCUCCUGGAGUCUGGGUCUUCUAGGUCCACCCUUUCUGGCGCAGGAGCCGCUACCUCUGGUGUGGACCACAUGCCUGCUUGAGGAAGCACUGCCCCCAGAAGAAGGCCUGGCCCAGGGGCAGGGGUUGGAGUUGGGGCUGGUGCCCAGGACAGACAGGUGUGGGAAACCGGGAUUGGGGCCCUAACCAUAGCUGCCCUUGUUCCUCCACCGGGGAUCAUGGUACAUACCUCCCUCCCCAGGUCCCCUAAAUUUUGUGUGGGGAAGGGGGGACUCAGAAGGCAAGGUCUCUGCCCUUGCCUUUUACUCUGUUCUGUUCUUCCAGCCUGUGCCUGGAAUCUUGCUGGGAAAGAGAACAUUCCCUCCCUUCCCCACAGCCUGAGUCUUCCAGCUGUCAAGUUUGAAAAGAAGCCACUGUGCCUCUAGGGCCUCCUGCACUGGAGAGAGAGGCUCUCUACUCUGGGCGGCUGCUCCAGUGUAGCCACUGCCUGUACUCUCCAUUCCCUUAAAUGGGCACCAUCGGGGUGGCUGGCAUGGCGUGGGGCAUGGGACGAGCACUGUGUGCCUCCACUCCGUCACCAGGACAGCCUCCGGGGGUGAGGAGUGAGGCCUCGCUCUGCAAUUCCCAGGGCCAGAUCUUUCCCAUCCAAGCAAUAAUGGGAGGAGGGCCCAGGGCCAGGGCCGCUCAGGGACACUGUCGGGGGCAGGGCCCCCUCCAUGGUAGCGUUUUCUUUAGGAAGAAAAAAAAAAACUGGCUGUAAACAUAAAUUAUAUUUCUCGGAGAAAGAAUGUGCGUUUCCCACAUGCCUGUUUAUUUAUAAGCCCUGGGAGCACUGGGUCCCGUUGCUGUGGGGACCGUGGGCUCCCUCUGGCACUGCCCUCUGUCCAUGUGCUCCAGCUCUGUGUCACAGUGGCCCUGGCCAACUGUUGUAUCCUGUCUGGGGAACAAGAGCUUGUCUUCAGUCACAAAUGGCUUUGGCUGCGCUCUCAUCUGGCUGUAUCUUACUCUCUGCCACCUGGCCACCGCCCGUCACCCCCAGUCCCCCUUCCUUGGUCUUCUCCAGCUUAAUCCUCAAAUUCCUGACUCUUAAUAUGUUUCUGAAUCUCAAGCUUGGUUGACCUUUCUCUAUUCUUUCACUGGCACUGACCCCCAUCCUCCCUGUCUGAGUCUAUUCUUCCCUCCUUCCAUCUCCCUGGCUCCAUUUUCCUCUCUCUGUCUCUCCCUCUUAGUCUUUUUUUUUUUUUAACUCAGUCAUUACUUUCUCCCCUCACUGUUCAGAAAAAAAAGAAAGUAUAAAUAUUUAAAGAAAGAGAGAAACUUGUAAUACCUCAAGCCUAGAGGCCCAUCUCCCUUGAGAAGAUGCUGCCAGGCCACCAUCACCAUGGCAACAGGGAUGAUGUCAUUCAAGGCCCAAAGGUCAGGCCUGGCCCAGCAGCUCUGCUGGCCACUGGGCUGGACCUGGGGGUUAGGAGGAGGCUGGGGAUAGAUCUGAAGGAGGCAGCUUGGGAGAGCGAAGGCCUCCAAUGGACAGAAAGUGCUCUUAGGGUGGGAAAGAUUGGACGCUGCCUCCUUCUCAAGGAGGAAGAGGAGUGCGGGGGUUGGCUGCAGACCUUGUCCCUCCCAGGGCUCCUCAGGUGCCCAUGCUCCCCCUGUUGAGGUUCCAUCAGGGCCAGUGGUCCCUCCUGGGGUCUUGGAACUUGCAGGAAGGAACUUGAGUUCUCAGUCACUCAGGUGGGGUAGGAGUGUCAGCCAUCCAGACUGUCCUCUUGCCCCGUGAUUCCUAUGAUGGCAUAUUCCCCUGGGCCUAGAAUCAGAAGGCAUGGAUUUCAGUCCUGGGACUUCCCUGGUGGUACAGUGGUUAGGAAUCUUCCUGCCAGUGCAGGGGACAUGGGUUCGAUUCCUGGUCCGGGAAGAUCCCACAUGCCGCGGAGUAACUAAGCCCGUGCGCCACAAGAGCCACAACUACUGAGCCUGCGUGCCACAACUACUGAAGCCCGCGCACCUAGAUCCCGUGCUGCGCAAUAAGAGAAACCACCGCAAUGAGGAGCCCUUGCUCGCCACAACUAGAGAAAGUCCGUGCGCAGAAACGAAGACCCA